GGAAAUUUGGGAACUAUGUCACUCAAAAAAGCUGAUACUCUUAUCACAGGAGACCCCAACUAUUACUCAAUUUUAAAUGCAGAACCUGAAGAUUAUAAACCUUGCAACAAUAAUGGCGAUGUGCCAGUGUGCGACGUUCAACUUCCUGCCACUCCAAUCGAAUCAAAACAUGAUCCAAUUCUAUCCUCGGCGGUUCUCUCUUAUAAUUCUGAGACUCAGGCCACUAUCAAGCUUACGCCAAAAUCUAAAUCUAUAGAUAUCCUGGAAGCCAUUGUAAUGCUGGAGUCAACUCUGGAAAAUAUUCUCUGCACUAAAAAACAAAUCACAGGGCAUAAGUGUACCAUCGACUGGAAUCCAACGAGCUCUAAGGUUCUACCGUUGAUAAUCACUCAAAAAACCAGUGACCAAAAACCUUCAGGAACGGUAUCAUGGGCCACUAACAGUGUUGAAAUUCAAGAUCGUGAACUGGCAGUUACUCAACUCGGCGCUGACAUAAUCGAAGGACGAUGGCUGAUGCUGGAAGGUGAAUAUCCUGGUAACGAAGCUAUAAAAUCUAUUUACCGUUUACGGAAAACUGUAAUUGAUACGAAUCCACUGGAGUACGAGGACAUAGAGGUUGACUGCUCUCAUCUUGCCUUGGAGCCAAGGCUGUGUUUUGGCUAUUUCCCUCAUCUGGAAUCGGGUAAGACAUACACCCUCACCGUGGCGUACCAGGGAACUGGUUCAGCAGAUGAAAUGCAUCAAAUUGAGUCCUAUCCAGUGACAAUCACAGCCUCAAAACCUGAACUGGAAAUCCUAUCCCGCCACACGACCACACACCAAAACCAGCAGAGGGCCGAUGUCCAAAUCUGCUUCCAGCAUCUGACCCCGACAGAGGGACGGUCCUUCUCCCACUACGAAAUGCUGAUCAUCAAUGAGAAGGGUCAGUGGCUCAAGCACAGCCUCAUGCAGGAGGAGGAAGAAGGAGGAGACGCCAGUAGAGAGAGACUUUGCUUCGCGCCCUUCACCAUCAACACCACAGACUUCGCCUUGACGGAGGCAACGAGGGUCGUCGUCUCCCAGAGGGCAGUCGAUGGAAUCACCGUCUUGGCCAGCGGGGAGUCUGCGCUCUUCUAGAAAUACUUUCCAGAACACACCAUGGAACAGUGAUUUGGAAAUGAAAUAAUAUCAUAACAUUUUGGGGCAAAGAUAAGGAUUUCUUUUUGUCCAUGAUAUUAUUCUGAUAUAUGGAUAGUUUUCACGUUUGAUCAUUCAGAUAUGGCUCAAAUACAUUUACUACAUAAUCAACCUAUAGAUUUAUCAUUAACGAUAUUAAUCCCCUGUGUAAAAAUACCGUGACAAGAUGAAGGUAAAGAAUUCAUACUGAGCUGCAUAAAUAAACACUAACUUACAUAA